AAGGGAUUUGGGACUCAUCCAGCCUGGCCCUCUCGGCACCCUCCGUCACCGGAGAGAUGAGGAUCCCGCACCGGAGGAGGCAUAAAGCCCAAAGUUAACCUUGCGUUGAAGCCACCAUGGUUUUGCCUGUUACAAGCAGCAACAUGGAGUUGCAGCCGGAGAGGGGCCUUUGCACCCGCACCGCCCACGCCAAAUGGCGGCCGAAAUGGGAAGAGUCCCGAAGCCGCAGAAACUCCAUUCCUCCUGCAAAGACGCCCACCGCCAAGCACAUGUUGGCCUACCUGCCUCGGCCUCCCACAGAAACGAGCAGUUACGGGACCUUCCCCCAGAAGCCAGAAAUGAUAGCCGUCCCCAUGGACCCUUUAGACGAGAGCCACCAGCAAACGGAAACCACCGCCACCAAACGAAGUGCCCUGACGUGCAACUACGUCUCUGCGUCCUGCAGCUCAAACAUCCCCAACAACCGGUCGGCCCUUCUCCAGAGGCGGCCCAGCACCGUGGAGGCGGUGGUGCCGAGCAGACACCGGCCCAGUGUCUCCAUCAACACGGAGGAGCUGCCCAAAUACCACCGGUCAUCCCGGACGGAUCCUCCUCCGCCGACUUUUCUGCGGGAAUUAAAUGCACGGCUCUAUCCCCAGUAUGCUUUCAGCGCCCCCAACAUCAUCAGCUCCGGGAGGAACAAAACACCGACCCGUAGCGUCAUCUCCGCGCCGGCUUCCGAAAAGGGGGGCCAGAACCGGCGCUGUAAACUCAUGGACGACGACCGGCAGUUUGGUGGGGGCAACAAGCAACAGAGGCAGCGCUACGUCACCAAAGUGGGGAAAUGCCAGGUGAACUUGGGCAACAUUCAGGAAAAGAAGAGGUUCCUGUCGGACAUCUUUACCACCAUUGUGGACCUCAAGUACCGCUGGUUCCUCUUUGUCUUCAGCAUAUGUUACAUCAUCACCUGGGUGGUCUUUGCCAUCAUCUACUACUUUGAUGCCUGGAUACGGGAUGAUGUCAACCAUAUAGGUGACCCGGAGUGGAAACCUUGCAUCGAGAACCUCGAUAGUUUCAUCUCUUCCUUGUUGUUUUCUGUUGAAAGUCAACGGACAAUUGGCUAUGGUUCUCGGAUCGUGACUGCCAACUGCUCGGAAGGAGUUAUCUUGUUAAUGGCCCAGUCCAUCAUUGGCUCCAUGAUCGAUGCCCUCAUGGUAGGGUGUAUGUUUGUCAAAAUCUCUAGACCCAAGAAGCGUGCCCAGACCUUAAUAUUCAGCAAGAAGUGCGUGAUCUCCCAUCGGGAUGAUCAGCUCUGCCUCAUGUUCCGUAUCGGAGACCUUCGCGACAGCCACAUGGUAGAUGCAAAAAUAAGGGCCAAGUUGAUUAAAUCCCGGCAAACCAAGGAAGGCGAGUUCAUCCCGCUGGAGCAGUCAGAACUCAACUUGGGCUACGAUACAGGGGAGGACCGGCUCUUCCUGGUGGAGCCACAGAUCAUCUGCCACAUCAUCAACGAGAACAGCCCUUUCUGGGAGAUGUCUGCAGAGGCACUGAAGAAGGAGCAAUUUGAAAUCAUCAUCAUCCUUGAAGGCAUUGUGGAAGCCACAGGAAUGACUUGUCAAGCCCGGACGUCGUAUGUGGAAGAUGAGAUCCUGUGGGGCUACCGUUUCGAGCCUUGCAUGACGCUGGAAAAAGGCGCCUUCCGUGUUGAUUACACCAAGUUUGAGAAAACGUUUGAAGUUCAGACCCCCGGGAUCAGUGCCCGAGAGAUGUAUGAACAGAAGGAGCUGGAAAACCAGGACCGGUCAACUCUCAGCUUGUAUUGGGAUCAUUUGGUGCACCCUUGCCUUUCAGCAGAACUCAACCACGAAGGGCCGCCCGGAGAGGGGCCCUUUGACGAAAACGUCUCCAGGUUGGGUUUCUCCAAUAUCACAGAGGAGAGAAGCAAUGACUACCAGAACCCAGAGGCCAGUGUUUAAGUGACCUUGAGAUGUGGCUGGAAGCGGACGCCUUUGAGGUUGGCAAGAGAGGACGCACCCCGAUUGAGAAUCUGGCUUCCUCCCGCUGUGGCUGUUUUGAGCUCCCUAGCAAAGCCGCCUGGAAAGAAGGUGUGAUCCAGAGCUUCUCCUGUUGGGGGAAGCCUGAGGACAAGGUCAGGAAGUCUUGUGUGCAAC